AUGAACGCCUUGGAGGUCUAUCAACCCCCCGAAUCACCCCCUCAAUCACCGCCACUAGUCGCAUACGGAGAUCCCAGACCAAAUACAGCUUCCACCGUCAUCGCCACCCUCUCCCUCUGCGCCGUAUUCCUUGCCCUUGCAUUCCUCGCUGGCUACGGCGUGUACCGUUUCGGCACGGGCUUUCUCCUGGGCAAGCGGGUUCCCAGGGAGCGUGGUGAGGCUACCGGUGACAACGGUGUGUUUCCUUUAUUUUACCUUUGGCUUGGUUUUGGCGUUUCUCACUGAUGACUGGUGUAGGGGGGAUUAACACUGGGGCCAGGGGUGGUGGUGCUCACGGGGACGAGGGGAUAGGUGGAGGGUUAGAUACCGUGGUUGAGGUUCCUGAGGAGGAGGAGAAGGGAGAGGAGAAGGAGGAGGCAGAGGAGAAGAGGCGGGGAGAUAUGCGGGAGAGCGGGGCGGGGCGGAAGUUUGCGGAUAUUGAAUCGGGCAGGUGGUGGUAG